AUGACUUCCCAUGAUGUCCGCGAUAUGCUGGAUCUGCCCGGCGAGGCAGGCCCCCGGCCUGGAAAGAGACAGAAGGUUUCCGCCCCGCGACCUGUUCUGAAGGGCCUUGCACGCGAAGUCCAGGAACUAGGAGGCGACAACCCCAUUUCCAUUGUGCCCGAGAUCACAUCGUUCAAGAAGAAGCGAUUCGGAAGCCGGAAGCCAGCCGCCAAGUGGGAUCUGAGGCCGUUCAAAAACUCGGCCAGGAACGGGGAACAAUUGGUUUUGCGCCAUUGGAGGAGGAGGGAGGAUGGAAAUGCUGAGGGGAUCGAGGAUUCGGCGUUUGCAAAGUUCAAUGUCAAGGUCGAUACGCCUCAGUAUACGGACGAGCAGUACAACGAGAAGCUGCGUAGUGAGGAUUGGACGAAGGACGAGACGGACUAUCUGCUUGCUUUGGUACAGGAAUAUGAUUUGAGAUGGCCGGUAAUAUGGGAUCGAUACGAUUACCAGCCUCCAGCGCCCCAACCGGGAGCUAGUUCUGCAGAUGUUGCGAUGGUGCCGCUUGGCCGGGUCAGAACCAUGGAGGACAUGAAGAAGAGAUAUUACGUUGUGGGGGCGACAAUGAUGGAGAUCAACACUUCACCGCCGAAUAUGAAUAAUGCCGAACAUGAACUGCUCAUACUCAUGAAGAACUUCGAUCCAGUCAAGGAGGCAAAUCGUAAACGGUUUGCUGAGACCGCGUUCAAACGGACAAACGAAGAAGCCAAGGAAGAAGAGAGCCUGUUGCUAGAGCUCAAGCGAAUCCUGGCCCGGACUGAAAAACUGAGCGACGAAAGAAAGGAGCUAUACCAUCUGUUGGAGGCACCCCCCAGCACCGGCAAUGCCUCUGUGAGCACCGCAAUUUAUAGUUCCAGUCAAGGCCUAGGGCAACUAUUCCAACAGCUCAUGGCCAUCGACAAGUCAAAGAAGUCGAGACUAAAGUCCAUUGGAGAAUCUGCUGGCGCCAGUCCAGCACCAGGCCCAAGUGGCGUGAACCAGCAGGCUACCUCUGACCGCAGAGAGUCCAGCGUCCGCGAAUCCGUCUCUGGCCCCAGUGGAGGCGGCGCCCCCAGCAAUAAGAAAGCGCCGCCGCAAAAUCAGCAACCGGAGCGUCGUCAACUGUCUCCUGAAGAAGAAGCCAUGUACGGCGUGAGGCGCUUCGAUCGUAUCACGACCAGUGGGCCCAAUUUCCGCAGCGAGCGAAUCAAGAAACCCAUCGCCAACAAAUCGACGAUACAGCAAACGAAGAUUGCUAACGUUCUGGCUGAGCUUGGACUCACGACAACGCUGUUCAUGCCGACUGCUGAGGUGGGCGAGGCUUUCGACAGCCUGCUAAGCGGCGUCAAUCAGCUGCUGGAGCAGAAGAAGCUUAUGGAUAAGUUGCAGGGGGAGCUGAACACGGCAUUGAACGUCAAGGCGGAGCGGGAGAGGAGGGAGCGUGCUGCGAGGGCUGAUGUGGAGAAUUCUGAAGGUGGAGGAACAGGGGAACAGGGGGCCGUGAAGGUUGAGCCAGACAGAGAGAAGAGCGCUGCCCCGAGUCUGAAGGGCACAAGCGCGAGUACGAAUCAGCAUAAGAGAAGCGCAAGUGUUUUGAGCACAGCGAGCGACAAGGACUCGAAGCGGCAGAGGAAGUAG